GUUAUGAAAGUAUCAGAGUGAUGUGAAAAUGCUGAGUCAAAUAGAGACAGUCCAAUUUGAGCCCAAUUGUAUAAAAACGGGCGUUUUGAUGCUUUGGAUGCAACAUAAAAAGGCUUGGAGGAAAAAGAGUGUCAAGAUAUUCAAAAGAUCUGAUGACGGCUUUGAGCGACUGGACUACAGGUGUCUGAAGAAGAACGAUGUCUACAAGAGUCUUUCUUUACAUGGUCUCAUCAGUGCGAGAAUGAUUUUCGAUAAAGUUUACAAGACUGUUAUUCUUCUCACUCUCUCAGAUGAACGUACACUUCAACUUGCAAUCAAAGAUUCCUCGGACCUUGACGGGGAGUUGGACGAAUGGCUUCAAUGUAUUAAGACCACAUGUUGGGGAAAUGACAGGGAAAUACUCUCUCAGCCUCUCACUGUUGCUACUUCAGAAAAUGUCUACGAACAGCCAGAGGCAGUUGAGUACUGUAGCGGAGGCAGUGGUAACUCCUCAAAUCUCUCCAAAGCAGGAAGCGUAGACCUUUAUCAAAGCGUGGACGACAGUCAAGAGAACGAAAUCUACACACCCUCAAGCGAAUACGACCAUGACAUAGGCUGCAUUUUUAAAGUUACAAUCAAAGACACCGAAUCAGCCAGAGCGUGUAACCUACAAGGCCCAUACGCUUUGGAAGUGAAACACGACGGCCUUACCCUCCGAAAUUAUGAAACAAGAGCAGCUAUUUUUGAAUGGAAACUGGAAUUCAUUCGUAGAUUUGGAGCUAUAAAUAAACAGAAAGUGUUCAGGUUUGAAGCGGGACGGCGAUGUGUAGGUUACGCGGGAUUGUUUGAGUUUUACUCAGACCAAUAUACAAAUAUUCCCAAGGUCAUCAGAGAAUGUGUGAACAGGCAUAAAAUUGCGACUACAGGGCCCUCAAAAGGAAGCCAGCAAUCCGUUCACACGCCGCCCUUGAAUCCACCCCCUGAGAAACCUAGUCAUGAUAUCAUGAAUGGAAAUAUAAACCCGUCUUCAGUCGACGAUAACUUAUACUCUAAAGUCGAUGACUUAAAGAAACAAACUAAUAAUAACGAGAGUCCGAUUCCAAAUAACCGACCUGCUAGUAUAGCAAGUACUGGAAAACCAAGUCAACCUUCAAGAGCUCCAACACUGCCUAGUAAAACUGGACAAGAAGAGUUGUAUCAAGAACCCAAUCUUUACUCGGAAGACGAAUAUGAUGUGAACUCGCUAAGAACCGAUAAUUCAGAUCCCAAUGUAACGCCUUCGGGUCAUCUUGAAGGUCGGGUCCUGCAUCAUCGACUGACCUCGAACUCCUCGGACGGUAACGAUGUCAAAAAUGGAGGAACCAAUGAAGAUUAUUACGAAGAGCUGCAUAACGCAACGUCUGGGACUCCAAACACUCUUCGGGGAUCCCCGGCGAGUAAUGGAAGUAUGAAUUCUACCCCGAACUCAAGCGAAGAUGAAGUUGCAGCUGUUGGCGGACUAUACUCGAAUAUAGAUAUAUCCGCCGACCACAGUUCGGGUACAAUAAUCCGAACGAAAGCCUCUUCGGACAACCGAACUUCAACUCAUUCUGGGGAUUCAGAUAACUCUCAAACUGAGAAUUUUUAUGAUAUUACACCGGCUUGUGAAGAGGAGAAACCUCCGGAGCCUCCGACUAGACGAUCGAGUUGCCAACCGGUGAGUUACCAGUACUCGUCGGAAGUUCCGAGAGCGCCCUUUCCGUGCAAUAUUCCUAGGCCACCCGGUCUUCUGCAAAUGUUGAAUGUUCCGAGGCACCACAACGUCAAAUCAAAUCUGCCUCCCCGACAUUUUAGCGACCAGUAUUCAUGACGAAAGUUGUCUUUAAAUUGUUACCACGAAUGCACAUUUAUAUUCAAAUUUGUCUAUAUUUCUAUCACUUUUCGAAAUCGUAGCGCGAUGAUAAAAAUACAAAAUGUUUAUGUAGUUUAGAAAUUAACGAAUAAAAGUUUGUCGACCUAGAUAAUCAGUUGUAGAGUUGCCACUGAACUUAUUUAAAAGCCCAAGGCUUGUUUCCUCUGAAAAUAAUUAUAUAAGUAGUCAAAAUUUAACUGGAAGUUCUACAACAUUUCUUGGUAAGAAAUUGCUGUGCUUUUACGGGGAAUUAAUAUUCGCCAUUGAUUUAGCUAUGUCUGACGCCUUUCAUUUCCAACAAUUUACCGGGUUACGGUAAUAAAAACCAGAUGUAUUUGUAAUUCGCUCUUAUGCUGAAAAUCGAGUUACUUAAUUUGUUCCAUAGGUUCCUGAAAACAUGCUUUGUAUCUGUAACUUAACUUUUGUUACUAAAUUAAAUUGAAACUUGUGUACUAAAUUAAUGAACAAUAUGCCCUAGAUUAUCAGUGAAAGUUAUUCUUUUUAUCAUCUUUUGUACUUUGAAUGGUAAUGAGCUUGAAUUGAAUUGUAACAAAUAGCUUGCAGUUUUUGUACUAAAUUAUAUAUUGAAAUAAAUCGCGUGUCACAUGAAAUGAUUUAACUUAAAAAAUAGAAAUCAAAAGAUCGGUAAAUAGCUGUAAAAUGAAGUUUUGAUCAACUCAUAAUCAAGUGAUCAAACUUUUGAUCAUUUGACUCAUAAAUGGAAAUUUCCAUGAA